AUGGCUGCAAAUGGGAGUGGCGCUGGGUCUUCUCAAGUUUAUGUGCCUCCCUUUAAUGGAGAUGGCUACAACCUAUGGAGCUUGAACAUGGAAACCAUUCUUCUCUCUCGUGAUCUAUGGGGAAUGGUUGAGAAAGGGUACAAUGAAGAAGAAGAAGAUGAGCACAAGAGAACGGAGAACAUCAAGAGAAACGCAAAGGCACUUUGUCUCAUACAGCAGGCGCUUGAUGCCAAGGUUCUCAUUCGAAUCUCACAAACGAGGAAUGCAAAGAAGGCCUGGGAUAUCUUGAAAGGAGAAUUUCAAGGUUGCACCAAGAAUGCAGCCGCUCAACUUCAUUCUCAUCGUCAAGAUUUUGAGAAUACUCGCAUGAAGACCGGAGAAAAGGUACAAGACUACAUUAGCAGGGUGCUAACUGUAGUGUACCAUAUACGAGCCCUGGGAGAGGAGCUCGGUGAUCCAGCCGUGGUUGGAAAGAUUCUCCGGAGCUUAACUCCAAGGUUCAGUCAUGUGGUGUCAUCCAUUAUCGAAUCAAAGGACCUUAGCUCUCUCACUAUUGAAGAACUCAGUGGGUUUCUCAGAGGCCAUGAAGGGAGAUUGGAUGUUGAACAUGACCACAUGGAGGAGAAGGCAUUGUAUGUCAAGGGUGGUUCACCUCGUGAGCAUGGUGGCCGUGGAGAUAGAGGUCGUGGUCGAGGGUACCACAGAGGGUGA